AAGUGCCCUUUGGGAAAUUUACUUUUCACUGAAGCCAAACAGAAAAAUACAAACGAAAAAAGAAAAAAGAAAAAGAAGGUUCAUAUAAUAAAAACAUUACACUCGGGGCCUACACGACUGUCAGUGAUUUAUUCCCUUUCCGAAGAAAAUAUAAAAAUAAAAUGAGAUAAUUUUUAGAGUAAACACUUUUUUUAGUCCCUGACAAUAUUUACGAAGUUCUUUUCAGUCCCUGGCAAUAAAAAAGGACCAAAUUGAUCCCUGAAAGUAUAUGAAAAAAGGUCACUCUACAUAUUUGGGAGUUGACAUAAGGACUAACAUGGCCCCUUUUUUUGUAAUUUUAGGGACCAAUUUUGUCCUUUUUUAUUGUCCGGGACUAAAAAGGACUUCGUAGAUAUUGAGAGAGACUAAAAAGGAUGUUUACUCUAAUUUUUAAUAUUGUCUUUGAUUUAUCCACUUCUGUUUACCUUAACACAGUACUCCAUAAUCACAUAGCAAAACCAUAAUAUUAAUGGCACCAGAGGCUAUGCUGCAAUUGGGAAUCUUAAUCCUAACCCUAUCCCUGUUCUUCGUCAUGCACAAUCUCCGCAACCAAACAACCCAAGCCAGAACUCGAACCCGCAACAAGAACCGCCAACCCGAACCGAACCGCUACCUGGCUCAAGCAUCGCGCCACCUGGCUCGAGCCAGAUCCACCUCGCACCGAGCCCAACACGCCAGAAGCGCGCUCAUCGAAGCAGAUCGAGCCCUAUCCAUCUCGCCUAGGGACCCCUCCGCCCAUAUCCUCCGAUCACGAGCCCUCCACCUUAUGAACCACCGUGUCGCCGCUUUAAGGUCACUCGACACCGCCCUCUCCUCGCCAGCCGCGAAGUCCCUCUCCGCGGCGGAGCGCUCUGCCGCGCUUGUCAACAGGGCGGUACUGAAGGUGGCCGUGAACAUGCGGCGGCGAGUUGACUCGGCGGUGGAAGACCUGGUGGAGGCUGUGGGACUGAGUGGAGGGAAGAAUAGUAACUCGGAGGCGCUGUGUUUGUUGGGAAAGUGUUACGAAUGGAAAGGGAUGAAGACAGAGGCUAACGAUGCGUUCCAGAAGGUUCUUGAUGUUCACCCCGAUUCCGUGGAGGCUCGGAAUGGGUUGAAUCGAUUAGGCCCCUAAUUUUUUUUCCCCCUUACUUUUUAAUGAUUUUUUUUUUUUUAAUGUAAUGAGUUGUUUUCUACUUUAUAUUUAAAACAAAAAUUUUGUAA